AUGAGUCCGUACGACACUUAUCUGGGAGAGGUCUAUCGUGAUGUGGUGCACCACAAUGCUUUGGACGCUAAUGACACCAAUCCAAUUCCACGGAAGGUGAAGGAGUACGCCCACCUUCUGGAAGAUGCAUUUGAACUUCCUCAAUGGGUGAAGGAGGCCAGCGGGGAUGGCCAGAAUGACGAGAAGUUGACAGAAACACACCUCAGGCGAAUCUUCAACACUGUUCUCGACGACUGCGCUAGCUUGCGUCAUGUCGUCUCGGUCGAUCAGGAGGACGGCACCUGUAGUCCAAAGGAAUCAUUUGUUUGCAUAUUGGUUCGGAAUGCGCUAAGUAUUACCAGACCAGAUCUGCUUGUGGACGAAGAAGCUCUGGUUGCGUUGCCUCGACACUGGAGUGGCGAGCUGAGUCCUCUAUUCCGCUACAUGCGCACCAGCGUCUACGCUCCUCUACUUGUGUCUAUCGCCGCAGAGGUCCCCUUAGAUUCACCGACCCUUAUUUCGCAAGACGAGGAUCAAGACGGCGAGUCUGUCUUGACUAGAAGCAUGGAUAACAGUCACGAGAAUGUUCAAAAGAGCACCGCGUGUUCAUCUCACCAUGGUUGCUCUCCUGCAAAUCCGGGGAUAAUCCGGACACAACAACAUUCUGAUUCUCUGCCGGUCUAUAUCGUGCCGGACCGCUCCCUCUCGGCGUCAGAAUGGCUCAAGCGACCUUCGGUGGAGAUGGUGGUCUAUGAACAGGAGUCUGAAGACGACGCAAUAUACGAGGACCAGCGGGGUCUCGCUGAACUAGAUCUGCACGUGCUUGACCUCCCACGAGACAAGUCCCUUCCUGUCAAUGCUGCAAUGCCAAUUUUGUGCAUGGCUGAUGAUGCCACGCUUCCCAUCAUCAUGGCCAGUGCGCUGUAUCAGCGACAGCUCUGGCAUGUUCGGGAGCCGUUGAUAGGCAUCUCAUCCGAGCGGUAUAGUAGCUGCAUCUCAUUUUGUUUGGGGUGGAUUGAAGCAGAGCUCGUCGAUGGCCGACAAUUGCCUCAUGUGCAUAUAGCGCACAUGGCUCAUCUACCAGAGAUUGACCUUGCGAAUCCUGAGAGCAUGCUGACUGUAGCACAGUUUCUCCUCAGCCUAGAUGACCACAUUGCCAACAUCCAAAACGAGGUUGCCUUGUCGCAAACAAUAGUAGCGGAUGGACUUCGACAGCAAACUCUCAUACGGUGGAGAGUCGAUUCCGCAAAUGCUGCCGAGGAUGCGGACUCAAUUGGGGACCCUGAAGAUUUUCUCUCUGCUUGGCUUCGCGGCCUGGAAGACUCCGGACUAUUUGGCAGGAAACCUACUUCGGCGAAAUCGGCGCCGCUCCCGUCGCAUCCAACUGGCCUUAUGACUAGUAACAAUGGCUUGCCGUCGUACGAUGUUUAUGUGAAGCCGGAACAGUGUUCAACGUACGACAACAUGCCUGCUGUUGACGCAAAUGUGGCACAUUUUCUUGAAGAGUUCAAAUGGAUAGUGGCUUUCCGUCAAGAGAAGAAGAUGCCCACCCUUGACAGCCUUCAUGCGAAGAAACUCUAUACAGGCAGGGACCAAUCCUAUAGCGCUAAAGAUGUGCUAUGUUUAUUCAAUGAAGAAUUUGCGGAGUCGGUGCUUUGGAGCCAGGUAGACAGGUUACUCACCGGUAGCUUGUCAACAAUCCUCAACACUUGCCUCCUAUCAUUGCGCAAGGUUGAAGCUGGCAUUCCUCUCGGGGAGGCCAGCUGGCGCCACGAUCUCGAUCGAUUCUUUUUCGAUUUCAUUAAUGCUGUCAUCGAUACAGCAGGGCAGUCCGACGGCAGUGAAGUGAAGCAAGAUCAAGUACAUGUCUCUUUGGAGCGGACAAUCGCACUCUCUCGAAACAUCAUUGCAAGCGGCAACCUGACAGAUUUGGCAAGUCUCAAAGACGCAACAACAGAUUUCAUGAUUACUAUUCUCAAUCUCGGUCCCAAGCUGGAGCUUUUCCCACAACACUCCACCAGUAAAGUGAAAUCAGCGGAAGCAGCACUACACCCUAAUCUCGUGACUCUCUGCACGACAUGGCAAGAUACUCUAACGCUUCUGGAUAUCAAACACCGACUGGCUUUUAGCCCCACCACUGCCAGGUGCGAUGCCAUAGGUGCUGUACGCAUGCCAGUCAACCUAUCGAAGGCUGCUCUCAAGUCUUAUCACUUCGUAAGGCCACGUAGCGGCGGGAGCAAGCCACCGGCCUCGAUAAAUCGGGAUCAGCCAGACGCCGCGGACAAUGAUUCAUCCACAUCAUCGAGAGCCUCUACACCUGAUCCAGCAGCCUCUACAUCCGAUCCAACAGCCUCUACAUCCGAUCCAACAGCCUCUACAUCCAAUCCAACAGCCUCUAAACCCGAUCCAGCAGCCUCCUCAUCCGCCUUAGACUACAGCCAACUCGAUUCUGCCAUCUGCGACUCUCGUGAUGUCUAUCAACAAGCCAAGCAGAGCGGUCGGGCAAACCCUGCACAGGCCGAUGUCAACCUAGUCGCAAAACUCGACCAGCUGCGGUUCGAAGAUACACCUCGCACGACAUCGCAUGCUACGGGUGAUGUGUCCAAUACAGAAUACUUGGACCUUCCCUUGAUCGUUGUCGAGUACAAGCGACCUUCGGACACUCACACCGACCACAUACAGGGGCAGAACCAGCGUCGUAUAUACUGUGUUUCCGCCGCACGGUUCUUGGAGGCGAUCGGCAUCGAUGAGUUCCCUAUCUUCAGCGUGCUCUCGGACGGUCCCCUAACGGUCCUCGCCGUCACCUGGGCCAAGGACGGGGUUGUCCGGAUAUUCGAACGUCAUAUGAUGUCGUUUGACGUUUCCAGCCCACUUGGUGCGUGGCACUAUGCGACGGUCAUGGCGCGCAUUGCCGUGUUCUGGGGGACGGCGCUGGCGAAGCGCUUCGCGCUGGUGAGGGAUGCGUUUGUGACGGGCGUGGAGAAGGACGACCCAAAGCUGCGCUGGACGCACGCGCACCAGGUCGUGCACCGUCCCCCCGGGGAGGCGCCGCCUGAAAAUGCGUCUCAGGAUGGGUCUUGAAUGCGUACGUGCCGGUCAGGGUGGAGCUACCCGUGGAUACAUGUUGUGCUCGAUGCUGUCUUGUGCGAAUGCGAUGAACCCGA